ACCCUCUCUGUCUGUCCUCCGUCUCUGUCUCAUUUCUGUCUGUCGCUUUCUGUUUUUGUCUUGCACCUCAGCUUUCUUGUUCACUCGUGUUUGAUUUUUACUUUUCUUCUUUAUUUUUUCCUCUGGUUGCUUUGUAGGUAGCUGUGUGUCUCAUUUUUGAAUCUGUAUCCGCUGACAACAUCGCAGGCUAUAUUUUACUCAGUCACAACUCCAUGUCCUCUAGUUUGUCUUUGCUUUAUUUUGUAUCGUCCCGUCCUUUUGUACUUUUUCUCUCCCCAACUACUGGUCGACUACUUUCUCUGCUUUUGCUUCACCUGCCUCUUUUCUUCACCUUACUACACCCCUUCUCCAUCCCCCUUCCUUUCAACUCAAGCUCUUCUCAUCUCUGAGUAGCUCUGCACUUCGGCGUAAUGGGCAAGACAGAGAUGUACUCUCUGUUUAAGGGUUUCCUGGACUGUAUUGGCCUCUGCCUCUCUCGGAGCAGCCCCAAGGUUGCAGCCGACAAUGAGAGGGACACUGAGAAUGGCCACCUGAUCUACAAAAGUGGGGACGUCCUCGAAGACAGAUAUGAGAUAGUCGACACAUUAGGUGAGGGGACUUUUGGGAAGGUGGUGCAAUGUUUGGACCACAGCAGAGGAGGAGGUCAGAUCGCUCUGAAGAUCAUUAAGAACUUGGAGAAAUACAGAGAAGCAGCCAAACUGGAAAUCAACGUACUGAAGAAGAUCAGCGAGAGAGAUCCUGCCAAAAGACAUCACUGCGUGCAGAUGCUGGAUUGGUUUAACUACUACGGCCACGUGUGCAUCUCUUUUGAGCUGCUGUCUCUCAGCACCUUUGACUUCUUGAAAGCAAACAGCUUCCUGCCUUAUCCCAUUAACCAGAUCCGACACAUGGCUCACCAGAUCUGCCACGCUGUCAGCUUUCUCCAUGACAACAAGCUGACUCACACCGACCUGAAGCCCGAGAACAUCCUCUUUGUCAAUUCAGACUAUUCCCUCAUAUACAACGCUGAGAAGAAGUGCAGUGAGCGGAGAAUAAAUGACACCACAGUUCGGCUUGUUGACUUUGGCAGCGCCACCUUUGACCACGAACACCACUCCACCGUCAUCUCUACACGUCACUACCGAGCUCCAGAGGUCAUACUGGAGUUGGGUUGGAGUCACCCGUGUGAUGUGUGGAGCAUCGGCUGCAUCCUGUUCGAAUACUACCAAGGUUUCACGCUGUUUCAGACUCAUGAUAAUAAGGAGCAUCUUGCUAUGAUGGAGAGAAUACAGGGACCAGUUCCUCAGAGAAUGAUCCAGAGGAGCAGAAAGCAGAAGUAUUUCCACCGUGGGUGUCUGGACUGGAAUGAGUGCUCCAAGGCCGGACGUUAUGUGAAAGCCAAGUGCAAACCACUGAGGAAGUACUUGUUAUCACAUGGGACAGAACACCACCAUUUUUUUUACCUCCUGGAGAGGAUGCUGGAGUACGAGCCUUCGACACGGAUCUCUCUUUCCUCUGUUCUGCGUCACCCCUUCUUCCUGCCUCUUCAUCACUCAGGACAGAGUAAAGUCUGGAGGAACAGCUGUGACAUGAGCAGAUGACCCUUGAAUAGACACUUGACCUUGUGAGGAACAUACCAGUGUGUUUGCAAGUAUUAGUUUCUGCUACAAAUCAUGUAUAUUUCAAACAGGAGAGACUAAAAGGGCUUUAAAAGUUCUACAUUUAUUUGAUAUAGUGUGCACAAUAGGAAAAGAUAUACUGUAUGUGAGGAGUCUUUGGGAAGUAGAGCGGUUUUAUGGGGUAGUCAUGCUGUGAGUUGGAGGAGUCUCCACCCGGGUGGUGGAGAAAAGUGAAGAAUAAUAGUUGCAGAUUUAAAUGGAUGUGAUGUGGAGUGAGGUUCCUAAUGAGCGCAGUGGAAUGGUGUUGAAAUGAGUCAUGUCAAUCAGACAUGAAGGAAGCAAAGGAAGAACAUAAUGAGAUGACUGAUCACACCCUCAGUCAGCCGAGUUAGUUGUAUGUGGGAAAGAAAACAAUAUAAAUAGAGUAAAGCAAGUCAAGGCAGUUUUAUUUACAGUGUACAGGAAAUUUUUAUAAACAUGAUUGACAUGAACUGAUUUUUUUGGUGCUGGAAACAAACUGUGAGCACAAAUCGGAUGUGUCCUUCUGAGACUCCUCGUAUGGGGACGUCACAAUUUGGGUUGGGCUCCAACUUAGACUCGUUCGUGAACACUUUUUUGUGCCAUCUAGUGGUAGUAAGAGGGCAAUACACUAAUCCAUGUAAAAACAAGAUGGCAGCCGUCUCUAUCCAGUCAUUCUGCAGCAAAUAAUCAAUUUUGAGAAUUUAGCAAAUAGCUUGAGAAAUUAAAAAUGCAUGCUAAAGAAAGCUCGGGUCUCAGGUGGAUAUUAUCUUUAAGCUGGUAUAGUGGAUUUGUUAACAGGUGACUAUUUAAACACCCAGCAGAUACAGAGCAAAAUUAUCGUUCACUUGGAGUCGUGUUUCUGGCCACCUCAUGAACAUAAAGUCCUUUUGGCUCUGUAGGUUUGGACUCUUGGUCCGCACCAGCUCCUGAGAGAAAUAAGGCUACGUUCAGACUGCAGGCAAAUCAGAUUUGUUUCUCAAAUCAGAUCUUUAAAGGUCCAGUGUCUAGGAUUUAGGGGAAUCUGCUGGCAGAAAUAGAAUAUUAUAUUUGUAACUGUGUUUUCUUAAGUGUGUAAUCACUUGAAAAAAAUAAUUGCUGUGUUUUCGUUGCCUUAGAAUAAGUUGUUUAUAUCUACGUACAGAGCAGGUCCUCUUCCACAGAGUCCUCCAUGUUGUUUCUAUAGUAGCCCAGAAUGGACAAAUCAAACACUGGCUCCAGAUGGGACCAUUUGUCAGCGUCAGUCACUACGUCAGCUACGCAGUCACGUUGUGAGUGAUGCUAAAGACACUGGGACUGGACAGAUCUGUAUCGGGAUGCAGCUGUAGAAAUCUGGUUGAAAUUAAAUUUCAAAGCACCUCUCAAUAAGUUUUGGAUCCCAUCUGCAAAAAUUUUGUUCUGUUUUUUCUGUCCAGACUUUCUACAAUCAAUCUGGAUUUGCCAAAAACCUGAUUUUGGCUGCCACUCUGAACAAGGCCUAUCUUAUCAAUUAGAUGCUAAAUGCACCAUUACUGUAUGCUCACCGUUGUCUGCCGUUUGGUGCUCUACGGGUAGGGUACAGUCGGCUGAAAGUGAUGCUGAUGAGAGUGGUGAGAGUGAAACAUUGAGGUUAAAAGUUACGUUUUGGGCCAGAAAGUCAAAAUCUCGAAAAAGACCAAAAUCUCUCGAGGGCCAAGGGGAGUCACGUGAUAAUUCACUAUGUGUUCAUCACAAUGAGCGAAAUAUUAAUUAAUUAGCAACAUUUAAUAAUAAAACACAGCAGCCACAAUGUAAAAAAAAUACUUAGCUGGUCAUAUAAAUAUACAUGAAUGGAAGUAAAUGGGCUAAAACCUGCAAAACCACUGGGUAUUGUCUUUUAGGAACUGAUCACAUGUACGUCCGCUUAAAAAUGUUAAAAAAUAAAACUGUAUCUCUAAAAUUUAGAGGACAAAUAGAUACAAAAACUAAUGAUCCUUUAAAAACUGUACUUUUAGUUUAAUUCUCUCAGUCACUUAAUAAAAAAAAAAAAAGGUGUGUGUUUUUGUAAUAAAUUUUGUAUGGAAUGAC